UAUAUCUAAUGGAAUUCUAGUACACGUGAAGAACCCAAAAAGAAAAAGGCUUCAACUCUCUCUCUCUCUAGAAUUAUUAUUUAUUAUUACUCGUGUUUCAGUUUAUUUCUCGCCGCUUUAAAGCUAAUAAUUUAGAUGAUAAUAGUUCAUUAUCAAGAUUCCUGCUUCUGGGCCAUACCAUUUUUCUGUAUUUUUGUGAAGUGACGACAUCUUCCAACUUGGACCGAGUGAAGCCAGGUGGCAUCUAACAAAUAGACAUGGAUUUUAAAGGUUUAGCCUGGGCUGAUAAUGUAUAUGAGAAGUUUGAAGCUAUGUGUUUGGAGGUGGAAGAGGUUAUGCGACAGGAUACUGUUAAGUAUGUGGAAAAUCAGGUGCAGAAAGUUGGUAUCAAUGUCAAGAAGUUGUAUUCAGAAAUCAUGCAAGAUUUGCUUCCUCUAUCUGGUGUAGAUCCUGUGAAAGUAGCUGCUGGUGAUGUGUCUCUUAGCCCUUGUGCUCAUUUGGAUAUGAACGAAAAGCCAAAAGCUAUGCUUGAAAAUAGUGACUUAAAGAAGGAAUCAACUGAGGAUAAAUUGAAUGCUGAUGAGGAUGUGGGAAAGAAAUUGUCAUUAAGUGGACUUGGUGACAAGAGAGGCACAUCCUUGUUGUGUAACUUGAGAGAAAGUUGCGUACCUCCAUCUGAUCAGACAAAUGUGAUGUUAUCCACAGAUUUGGUUGGAAGCUGUAAUUCUGUGGAUGCUGUGAUUACUAAUGAUUCAAUCAUUAAAGCGCCAGCUACAUUCCUGGAUGUGGAUGGUGAUGUAGUUUCUCAACAAGGCUCAAACAUAAGCAGCAAUAAAUGCGAUAUUAAGUCUGUGGCUGAAGAUAAAUUUGAUGUUGGUGUCAUCCACAAUGAUGAAGUUGUUGAGCCAAGAGCAGAUAUCUUAGAGCAAUAUGAUAAAUCAAAUUUAGAGGAAUCAUGUGUCAUGGUGGAAGGGGAUAUGCUCCGUUUUUUUCUUCAAGAAACUGCCAAACAGAAAUCAUUCAAGAAAAAGAUUCGUGAAGCUUUUUUGUCAAAAUUGAUAUCAAGGAAACCAGAGUACCACAAGCUUUUUGUCCAAUAUGGAAAUCGAGAUGGAAUGGAAGCAACAGAGAUGGUGAUUCCUGGUUCAAAUAAAGUCUCUGACAAUGCGAAAUUGCAAGGUCUUAAUUUUUCUGAUUCUGACUGGGAGCUUCUCUAGAUUUGCUGCUGCUGUGAGUGUAUUGCUUUCCCUCUACUAUAACUAUGCGGAUGGUAUGAAUCGAGAAUUCAGAAAAUACUCUAAUUAGUGUUUGAACAAAUCAAUAACACACAUUGUACAUAGAAGUCCAUAUGUUCAUGCUUCGUGGCCAAUCUAAUAUUGGUAUUUUGCUUAUAUGUUUCUUUUUAUGUAACAUAUUGGUGGCAUAUCUGUUUAAAAUUUUCAUUGCUUUCGGAUAACUUCCAUAAAGUCCAAGGCUUUUUAUCUUUCUA